AUCUUUCGACGAAGCCCCCAAAAUGGAUUGGUGAAAGUGAAACGUCUACCGAAAAGGAAAAAAUACUUUGGUAUCGCCUUCUAACCAGAGCCAACGGCAUAACAUUGCGUUGUCAUUCAAAAGGAUGGUUAUGCUUUCUUUGAUAGCGUUUGUGAUCUCGACAUGGGUUGCAAAGAGCUAUACAGGAAUUCCGAAGUCAGCUUCCGUUCGCCAUCCUCACACUGGACCUCGUGCGACUGGGUCAUUUACAGUUAAUGUUCGCAAAUCUUCGAUAGCAUAUCAGUUUUCGGCGUCAACCGAAUCAUCCGACUUUUCGACAUGGGAUGGAAGCGCUCCACUUUCUGUCGACGAUUCUUACGACGAACUGGUCACCGGCGCACUUCAGAUUUCCCCAUUGUCUGUCAAUGACCCUGCACUGGUUGAGUUCACCGAAAGCACGCACUUUCGAAAAAGCGUCAGAAACGGCAAGGUGUUGCCCGCCAUGGGAUCAUCCCAUUAUCCUUUCGCUAUGAUGCUGCAAGGGUCGGCUCCUUACAUCGCCGCUCACGCCGGUAAAACGGCUGUCAUUCAUAUUCCAGGCGACGUGUUAGACGGUACACCGAAUGCGGAUGCUUUGCUUGCUGACAUUUCCUUGUCGAGACUGUUAGGCAUGAAAAUCGUCAUUGUGAUUGGCUGUCGGUUCGAUCUGGAUAGGUGCGAUAUGGAUUUCGCCGAAAACGCUCACGAAUGCCACAACGCACUGAAAAUCACAAAUGCGGAGACGUUGCGUUAUGUGGAAGAAGAAGUAGGAUUCUUACGCACCGAAAUGGAGCGCAAGCUUAAUCGAUGUUUGCGCAUGACGGGAGGCGUGUCGGGAACCAAGGACGCCCCGGUCCCUGAUGGUAAUGUCGUCUCCGGGAACUUCUAUACGGCACAGCAGUUUGGUAUUAUCCAAGGGGAAGACUUUGAAUACACAGGAUUUACGCCGACAGGGCAAGUGCAUGCUGAAAAUAUCCAACGAGUUCUAAACAACAACGACGUUGUGCUUUUGACAACCGUGGGUUUGAGCACACUGGGUGAGCUUGUCAACGUUAACGGAUAUCAUUUGGCGGCUUCCGUAGCUGCGGCUCUCAAAGCCUACAAGGUGAUAUACAUGUCUAAUGAAGGCUCUGUUUUGCAAAAGAAAGGCGAGAACAUCUCUAUUCAAGAGUUGCCUCUCAGUUUUGCGAAGGCUGUUUUGGACUACCACCAUGUCGAGGUUCACAAAACCGGAUUUGCAACGUUCGAGCGAGCUAGACAAAGUCUAGAACCACACGCUGUCGAGUUGCUUUUGCAUCUCGGAUGGGCGUCCUGGGCGCUCGAUCAUGGUGUGAAACGAGCACAUGUAGUAAAUCCCGGGGAUGGUGCAUUACUUGAAGAACUCUUCACCAGCAAGAAUGGUGCGAAUACUUGCCUCUAUCACGACGAAGAAAACACAAAAGUUGAAGAAGAAAUCGGACAAGACGAUUGGGAUUCUUUCUUUGCGUCAGCUAAGGCACAAGGUCAAAAAGAGAUAUAUAUCAAGAAGCAGCAAUCAAGCAAACGUUUUUGA